UGCUUUAAGAGAUUGUGUGAGACACAUUGCAUGCAGCACAAUGGAAUUGCUUUCUGUUUAUCAUGGGGCCAUCAGCAGAGAAAUGUGUGAAAAGCGCCUGUGUGAAGUGGGUAAAGAUGGGAGCUAUUUAAUUCGAGAUAGUGAGAGUGUGCCUGGGGUAUAUUGCCUCUGUGUUCUGUGCAAGGGCUUCGUCUACACGUACCGUCUCCAGCAGGACACAGCAGGCUCCUGGGCAGCUGAGACUGCACCAGGUCAGACUAAACGUCUUUUCCGAAAAGUCAAGAAUUUGAUAAGUGCCUUUGAGAAACCAGACCAGGGCAUCGCUAUUCCCCUUCGUUACCCUGUAACUGUCCAGAACUACAAUCAAGGCCAAAACAUUCAACAUCUCUAACCUAACUGACCAACAUAGCAUAUGCUGCAUGUUCAAAAUUGCAUUGUAUAAUACUUUUUGUGCUCAGUCGUAAAAACACAUGCGGUUUUGUACAUAUAUAUAUAUUGAAUACUUUGUGCAAAUGGCUGGUUAACAUAUUUAAAAAAGAAAGAAUGUUUUGCUCAAAAAUGUAUUGUUCCUUUAAACUUAAUACUGACAAGAGAAUAACUUGUAUUAUAUUAACAAGAUCUCUGCAGACAUAAUCAAAUAUUUUACAUUUCUAAUACUAAGUAAAGUGGUCCUAUUAUGCUUUUUGUAUUGCAAGUCUGUAGGUUGCUUUGGAUAUAACAAACUAUGAAUUUAAUGUAAAUACAAGAGGGUUUUAUACGACUGUGAAAGGACCAAUUUAUAAUGAAUUUACACAAUAAUUUCAUCUAUUUUCUUUUCUCUUUGUUUGUAAAUCUCCUAUAAUUCUCUCUAAUUUGGAGUUUAAGAGAGAGAUGCAUGAGCAUUUGAAGGUGCCAUAAACAAGCUGGUAUAUCAGUGAGGAUGGAAUCUGUUUUCUUUGCCACAUGUAUGUCCUUGAAACAGCUAAUAUCAAACAGAAGAGCAUCUGCCAAGCCACCUUUACCAAAAAAAAUUUUUUUUGCAAGAACAAAUCUUAGGAUGCACCAGAAGAAUCACAUAAGAGACACAAGGGCUACUCAGUUGAGUCUCCACUUAAUUCUUAUAAAAAUAAAUCAUACUGCUGCAUAACCAGAAAAACAGGAUUGAGGU